AUGGAGGCUGAUGAGGAGGCAGAGGCCCAACUAUCUGAUUAUGAUAUGGCUGGUAUCAGCGAUAAUAAGGAACUUGAUUCUGAAACCGAAUACGUAUCUGAAGCCGAUAAUAUGGACGCCCAUGAUCAUGAUGCUUCACCUGGUCUCCAGGACCCAGACCUACCUCUGGAUCAGGAGACUCUGGAUCAAGAGAUUGACUCAGUUGAACUUCUAAAUCAUCACCCAAUAGUUAGAAUUGUACAAAGCGAUAGCCAGCGUCCACAUAGGGAACGGAAGCGUCGGAGAGAUGAUGAUGAAUAUGUAUAUACUAAGAGGACCAAAUAA